AUGACUAUUGUCAUGAUCGGAGAGAUGGAGGCCAGAAGAGGGUUCCUUAUUGCCCUGCAGGCCGAAGAGCCCCACAGAGCUAAUCACCGAGUUUGCUGCUCUCCAGGCCUCCCUUUGAGUCUCCAACACAGCGCUCACCACGUUGCCGACAACACGGAGAAAACUGCGGCAGAAGUGUCUAUCAGCCGAAUCCGUGCAAGGCCACCAACAGUAGUCUUGCAAACCAACGACUGCGAGAUGUACCGCAGGCCUCUGGGUAAUGCGCGAUACCGUAGCUGCAACACCGAGCUGUACGCCUGCGUCCAGGACCUCGACUACCAGAUCAACUCAUUUGAGCUGGCCCGGGAAGCUCUCAACGAAACUGCGCUCAAAAUCGACGAGCAGAUCAACGUCCUCAAGCAGCGACUGGCCACUGCCGACGUAAAGUUCUCUCACCUCGCUCGUGAUGCUCAGCACGCAGCCGACACGCAAGACCAGCUCGACUCCAAAUGGCUCUCCUUUGCAUUUGACUCCAGUCGUGAAACCCAGAGCUCUUUCUCCUCUUUCUCGGCCAAGACUUCCCGAGUUGCUGCCAGUGGUGGUGCUAGUGGACUAUUCUGGAGAGCAAAGGCGUCUUUCAGUCGCUCUAGCUCUCGUACAGAGUCCAGGUUCGAGGCUGCCAUGAACAGUGCCAAGUCACUAGUUAGUGGAGAGCUCCUGCGAGUGACCGUCCAGAGACCUUGGUUCAGACUCUCUCUCUUCAAGAGCAAGCAAUUCCAAAUCAGACUGGAUGACUCAGCCCGUGUGUCCCCUGGAACACUGGAAGGCGAAAACAAGUUCAUCAGUGCCAUAACUCAGCCAGGGGCCAACUACCUCCUCCCCGAGUACGUGACUGGUCUCCUCCUCUCCAGGAACAUCAACAUUGAAUUCAAGAGCAUCUCGGCCUCUCAGUCGGCCCAUGCUGUCCACGUGGCCACCAGUACUAGCUUCAGUGCCAGCGGAGGAUUCGGUUUCUGGAGCGCCAGUGUCUCUGGGAGCUUCAGCAACUCCAGAUCCCAGAGGACUUUCUCAGCCGAGAGCUCCAGCGAUGGUCUGAGGAUCUCCAUCCCUGGGUCCCAGAUCAUUGGCUACUACACACAAAGAGAGUUUAUUAUGGAGGAAAGUGAGCUGCCCUCUGGCGUCGGGAAUAAGUGGGAAGGGCUGGAUUGCACAGGAUCGGAUGUAGAAGUCUCCAGAGAGCAACUUGAUAAGUCACUGUUGAUGAACGCGGAGUCUAGCACAAGCGAGCUGGAGACGGAGCUGGAGACGUCGGCUGCCGGUGCAGGCGCCUGCAGCCGUGAGUCAGAGAUGCGGUCGAGGAUUCUAGCCAAACUGGAGGAGAGGUGUCAGGGAAUAGUUAAGAACUGUGAAGGAGACCAGAGAAUUGUCUGCGAGGAUUUUGGUGGAAGAUAUCCACGGUAGUGCCCUAAGUGGAGACAGUAGCGACUCUGAUAGUUCCCUAAGUGGUGUUUCAAGUGUCUGAUCAAUUUUACACGUAAGUAUAGCAUAAAUUGACAGCUCGUGGAUUCUGUUUAGUCUCUGAUCACAUGCGACGCCAGUUGGGAACAGAAAUCAGACCGCAGUCUCUGCUAGCUGAAUUGAGUAGUGCAGGUCUAUGAUGCAAAGAAGACCACAAGUUGCUCCAGUGAGAUAGUGUAAAACUACGUAUCUAUUCUACUCUCCGUACAAAAAGUGGAUCAGAGUAGCUAUCAUAGCAGUCAUCUAUGAUUGUGUUUUACACACGAAAAAUCAGUCGCCUCAACUCAAGCAUUGAGGCUCAGCUGAAAGCAGUUGAGCACGCAUUAGGUGCAGGUCGAGUUAGAUGAAAAAUGAGAGGUCGACUGAGAUUAGAGAACGAAAGAAGCUCGGGUCGUAUUGAGGCGUAAAGCUCUAAAAAAUAUUGUAUCAGUGUGAAAAUGAGACAGUUGAAAAAUAUCUAAAUUUUGUCCAAUGACGUUGGAAGUGCAUUAUGCUACCAAGUAAGCUUUAGGCUCAGUAUUCAUAGUUUGAGCUACCAAAGCAAUGGCAAGGCCAGAGGUGAAAACUAUGUGUAUGCAUGUUAUCGCUGGGACUCAUCCUGCCAAAUAUUAUUCCUCAC